AACCUAAGCCAGUAUAGCAUAGCUCUUGCUCCUACGAGAUGGAGGCGAUGGACAUGGACGCGACGGGAUACUCUGGCGAUGAGGUUGAAGAAAUAUCGGACAUUGAAGCAUCGGUAAAGGCAGUGGAGAAUCUCCUCGGUUAUUGUUUCAAGCAGAAGAAGCUUCUGGAAGAGGCCUUGACUCACUCCUCCUGCGCUGACUCCCCCUCCGCCUCCUACCAGCGCCUCGAGUUCGUCGGCGACGCCGCUCUUGGCUUGGCCGUCGCCAACUUCGUUUACCUUUACUAUCCCGGCCUCGAUCCCGGGAAGCUCUCGCUCCUACGCUCCGCCAACACCAGCACUGAGAAGCUUGCGCGCGUCGCCGUCCGCCACCGCCUCUAUAAGUACGUACGCCACAAUGCCGCUGUCCUUGAAGAAAAGGUCACAGAAUUUGUAAGGGCAGUACAAGAGGAGAAGGAAUUUGAGAUAUAUGGGGGUUUGGUCAAAGCCCCGAAAUUUCUUGCGGAUAUUGUGGAGUCCGUGGUAGCUGCUUUGUAUAUUGAUUGCAAUUUUGAUUUACAUAUUACAUGGAAGAUCUUUAGACAUCUUCUAGAACCCAUUGUAAUGCUAAAUGAUCUGGAGCAACAACCACAACCUGUAACUAUGCUCUUUACGUUAUACCAAAAGGAUGGAAACCAGGUUCGUAUAAGUUACGAGAAGAUAGGAGAGAAAAUAUCUGCUACUGUUACCGUCAAUGGGGAGUUUAUUGCAUCUGCUUCUUCCGAGCAUAGAGAACUGGCAAAGCUCCUUGCUGCAAAGGCUGCUCUUGAAAAGCUGUCUCAUAGAUCUUACAACCAAUUGAAGGAUACCAUAUUCGAUCAUAUCAAUAUGGAUGGUGAAAUUGAAGAAGCAAAACAGAAGCUGCAUGAGCUGUGUGGCAAGAAGAAAUGGUCAAAACCAAACUACAAAAUCCUUAAAGAAGCCUGGGUUGCUAAUCAGAAGAGAUUUACAUGCUGUGUUGAAAUUGAUUUAUCAAUGGGUUCACUUGUGAUGGAUGGGAAAGAGAAGCCAAGACUGAGAGAGGCAGAGAGCUCAGCAGCUUCAGCAAUGCUCUUCGGUCUUCAAAACUCAGACUUUUCUUGCUCAUACGAUAUGGAGGCGACCGGAUACGUUGAGGUUGAAGAAAUAUCGGACAUUGAUGCAUCGGUAAGGGCGGUGGAGAAUCUCCUCGGUUAUCGUUUCAAGCAGAAGAAACUUCUGGAAGAGGCCUUGACUCACUCCUCCUGUUCCGACUCCGCCUCCUACCAGCGCCUUGAGUUCGUCGGCGACGCCGCUCUUGGCUUGGCCGUCUCCAAUUUCGUUUACCUCCACUAUCCCGGCCUCGAUCCCGGGAGGCUCUCGCUCCUGCGCGCCGCCAACAUCAGCACCGAGAAGCUUGCGCGCGUCGCCGUCCGCCACCGCCUCUACAAGUACGUACGCCACAACGUCGCUGUCCUUGAAGAAAAGGUUAAUGAUUUUGUAAAGGCAGUACAAGAGGAGGGGGAAUUAGAGAUAUAUGGGGGAUUGGUCAAAGCCCCGAAAAUUCUUGCGGAUAUUGUGGAGUCAGUGGCAGCUGCUUUGUAUGUUGAUUGCAAUUUUGAUUUACAUAUUACAUGGAAGAUCUUUAGACAUCUUCUGGAACCCAUUGUAAUGCUAAAUGAUCUGGAGCAACAACCACAGCCUGUAACUAUGCUCUUUCAGUUGUGCCAAAAGGAUGGAAACCUGGUUGAUAUAAGUUACAGGAGGAAAGGAGCGAAAACAUUUGCUACAGUUACCAUCAAUGGGGAGUUUAUUGCCUCUGCUUCUUCCGAGCAAAGAGAAAUGGCAAAGCUCCUUGCUGCGAAGGCUGCUCUUGAAAAGUUGUCUCAUAAAUCUUGCAACCCAUUGAAGGAUACCAUAUUCAACCAACUCAAUAUGGAUGGUGAAAUUGAAGAAGCAAAACAGAAGCUGUAUGAGGUGUGUGGCAAGAAGAAAUGGCCGAAACCAAUCUACAAAAUCCAUAAAGAAGGCGGCGUUGCUCAUCAGAAGAUAUUUACAUGCUCGGUUGAAAUUGAAAUAUCAAAAGGUAUACUUGUGAUGGAGGGGAAAGAGAAGCCAAGAGUGAGAGAGGCAGAGAACUCAGCAGCUUCAGUAAUGCUCUUCGGUCUUAGAAACUCAAACUAUGUAUGAUUAUUUCCUAAACCUAGGAUAGUGUGUGUAUUUAGUGAAACAGCUCACCACAAUAGGAAUUGUAGUUGCACUAUCAAAUACUUUAUUCUCAAGAAUUUGACAAGGCAAUGAGGAUACUUUAUUUUUUUUACAUUGACCUAGUUUUGAUUGUUGAGUAGAGUUAAUUGACUCUUCA